GUUUCAUUAGCUAUGCCCAAAACCUCUCGGGCGCCCUAAUCAUAGCGUGUCAAUGUUUUGCUAAGGCGUCGAUUUACGGCAGUAUUUGAGAGUAAAGUGACGCGACAAGGCACACUUUGCGACCGCACCUCAUUGGCAAUGGCGGGCACAACGAAAAGCGGCAGUGCGAAGAUGGCGGCGAACGAGCGAAGUGCCGAGGACCUCAAGGAGAAAGCGAAUAAAUACUUCAAAGAGAAGGACUAUGAUAACGCUAUCAAGUAUUACACAGAGGCUCUAGAACUGAAUCCGGACAAUGCGAUCUACUACAGUAACCGCAGCUUGGCGUACCUGCGCACGGAGUGCUAUGGGUAUGCACUGGCAGAUGCUACGCGUGCCCUGGAAAUCGAUAAAAAUUACAUCAAAGGCUACUACCGACGUGCCACCUCCAACAUGGCACUGGGCAAAUUCAAGGCUGCGCUCAAGGACUAUGAGACGGUAGUACGGGUGCGGCCCAAUGACAAGGACGCCAAGAUGAAAUACCAGGAAUGUAAUAAGAUAGUGAAGCAGAAAGCCUUUGAGAGAGCCAUCGCUAGUGACGAACUCAAGAAAUCAGUGGUUGACUCCUUGGACAUUGAGAAUAUGAUGAUUGAAGAUGACUACACAGGUCCGAAACUUGAAGACGGAAAGGUGACUGUACAGUUCAUGAAUGAUUUAAUGGAGUGGUUUAAGGAUCAGAAGAAACUCCACAGGAAGUGUGCCUAUCAGAUUUUGGUUCAGGUCAAAGACAUUUUAUCCAAACUCCCAAGUCUUGUAGAAAUAACGUUAAAAGAGUCAGAGAAGAUCACUAUAUGUGGUGACACGCAUGGCCAGUACUAUGACCUCCUUAACAUAUUUGAGCUGAAUGGAUUACCCUCCCCGACAAACCCCUAUCUGUUCAAUGGUGAUUUUGUUGACCGUGGCUCCUUUUCUGUGGAGGUGAUUCUCACGCUUUUUGGCUUCAAGCUGCUCUAUCCAGACUACUUCCACCUGCUGAGGGGUAACCAUGAAACGGACAACAUGAACCAAAUGUACGGCUUUGAGGGGGAGGUCAAAGCCAAGUACACGGCGCAGAUGUUCCAGCUGUUUAGCGAGGUCUUCCAGUGGCUGCCCCUAGCACAGUGCAUCAACAGUAGAGUUUUGGUAAUGCAUGGGGGUCUCUUCAGCGAGGACGGCGUGACGCUAGAUGACAUCCGCAAAAUUGAGAGGAACCGACAGCCACCAGAUUCUGGCCCCAUGUGCGAUCUGCUGUGGUCAGACCCCCAGCCACAAAAUGGGCGGUCGAUCAGCAAGAGGGGAGUGAGCUGCCAGUUUGGGCCAGACGUGACGGAGCGAUUCCUCACCGAGAACAAACUGCAGUACAUCGUUCGCAGUCACGAGGUCAAGGCCGAGGGCUAUGAGGUCACCCACUCAGGGAAGUGCAUCACUGUCUUCUCGGCACCCAACUACUGUGACCAGAUGGGUAACAAAGGAGCCUAUAUCCACCUCAGGGGGUCCGACCUUAAGCCAGAAUUUCACCAAUUCACUGCUGUGCCUCAUCCGAAUGUCAAGCCCAUGGCGUACGCAAACUCCUUGAUGCAGUUGGGAAUGAUGUAAAGAGCCUGUCUGUGUGUGUGUGCGUGCGUGCGCAGGUGUGGCAUCUUUACCAUUUCGUUUUGUUUUUUUGUUUAUCUGUCUUUUUUUUUUUCGUAUACAGCUCUUAUUGCCACUAACCUUACCUCCUCUCAAAAAACUCUUCUCAAACUCCAUGUACGCACACGAGGGAGGUUAGGGUAUUUCUCUACUGGUCCAGUCAAAAACAUGUGCUUCGAUGUUAACGGUUUAGUACAACUACGCAACACAUCUCUGGCCAAUUCAUGCUAUGACAUAAAUUUGUAAUUAUUAGAUUUUUUUUUUUUUUAAUUUAAAUCACAUAACUAGUACAUGAUUACUUCAGUGUUGGGAUUCAAGCACUAGUUGGCGCCAAAGACCAGUACUGGAACAGCUUUCAAGUAUUUGACAUAACGUGAUUAUCCACCUUAGAGGAAAUCUUUCGGGUGAUGCUGAGUGUGUCUGCGUCAGAAUGUGACAAUAUCAUGGUCCUGUCACUUUGCCAAGUACCGUCUUUUUAAAGUUGAUGCAUCCCGCCGCCCCCACAAUUACUUUUAAUUUGUGGGAUGAAUAUUUUAAGUACAGUACUGUCAUUUAAAACCAAAUAUAGGUUAUUCACUUCGGGGGGGGUAGUCUAACCGAGAGAAUUGUCACAGGUUCUAUUUUAAUAGUUCUGUGUGUUCUUCUUCCAUAUUUAUUCUGAGGCUUUCUGACAAGCUUGUCUUGGCAAAGUAAAUGCGCUACUUACCGUUCUCUCCCAGUACCAGGUCCUGGUAAUGGGGGGGACGCUGAAGCCACUUUGCUGAGAAACACACAGGCAAUACUUUCAGUCCCUUCGUGUGUCGUGAAGCUCCCUUUAUGAAAGACGUGUUACGGACAUGUAAAGCCAUCGUCCUGUUUCUGAAGCGCACAGCAACAUUGUCCUGGGCUUUUUAGAUAAUGUUAUACAAAUGUGUAUGUGUGUGUAUAUAUGCUGUAUAUCAUUUCAGAUUCCAGUGUACAUGUUUGAAGAAGCAGGAGGAGAAAAUAAAAUGGUCGUCAGUAAUUUUAAACAAUGAAACAUCUGUUUGUUAAAUGAGUGGCUGUAUAGCCUGCCCCCCAUGAAAUGAAUUUGUACUGCACAUGCCCCCCCCCCCCCCUUAUAAAAAAGCUUACUGGUA